GCCACGUGGGCUUUCGCUUGUUCGGCGGCCGGCUUCCGUCUCUGCUCAGUCGAUGGGCUUCCCUGCCGUGGAUUAGAGGCUUCCCCCUCCUCCCGUGCGACGCUUAGUCUUCCGAGUCUGGCGACACCACCGUUCACGAGACAAUGGAAUUUCAAUUCAACUUCUCUGUGGACAAAAUAGCAGAAAACGGAACAGAUACUGCUGAAAAUGAAAAGCUCCAGCAGGAAAUAGUCCUAUUGAAUAAUCAAGAAAACAGCAAUAAGAUUACUUCAGAAGAAAAUAAAUUAAAUUACUAUUUAUCUGGAACCAUUGCUAAUAUAUCAGACCACAAUACUUUGAAUGCAAGACCUGUUACAAGUUUGUUAAAACAGUCCUGUCCCAAAUCUGCCAAGGUGCAUGAUAUUCCUAAAGAUGUCAGUAAAGUCCUUGAGAACAAAACUAUUGGAACUUUACCAGGCAUUAACUAUGCAAAUAUUUAUGUGGUGGAGACUGCACUUCCAGGAAACUAUGUCAAAGAAAACACUAUGUCUAACACUUCUCAAUCUGACCUAAUUACAGGUGUCUAUGAAGGAGGUUUAAAGAUUUGGGAAUGCACUUUUGAUCUCCUGGAUUAUUUGUCAGAAGCUGAUAUUCAGUUUGCACAGAAGUCAGUUUUGGACCUUGGGUGUGGAGCUGGACUGCUAGGAAUAGUUGCAAUAAAAGGAAAUGCCAAAGAAGUUCAUUUUCAAGAUUAUAACAGUUCAGUAAUUGAAGGAAUCACCAUGCCGAACAUACUGGCUAAUUCUCAAGAUGAUGAUGGUGAGGAAGAUACCCAACUUCACCUAAAUCAAUCUAGGAAAAAAGAUUUCACCCAAGAUUUUCUAUCUAAAUGCAAGUUUUUUUCUGGGGAAUGGUCAGAAUUUACUACAUUUAUUUUAAAUAACACCAAAUCUUUAGUAAAAUAUGAUCUCAUACUUACAUCAGAAACUAUUUAUAAUCCUAAUUACUAUGAAGCUUUCCAUGAUGCACUUUCAAGUUUAUUGGCAAGAAAGGGCACCAUAUUUUUAGCUAGCAAAGCACAUUAUUUUGGGUGUGGAGGAGGCGUCCACCUUUUUACAAAUUUCAUAGAAAAGAAGAACGUAUUUAAAUCUCAAGUGGUUAAAGUUAUUGAGAAGGGGCUCAAUCGUUUCAUUAUUGAACUGACUUUUAAGAAUUCCUGUUAAAAUGCUAACAUGCAUAUUAAAUAUGUAUUUCUGUUAUCAGAGGUGGUGUAAUAAAUUACUACAUUUGACUUUU